UUAUUCUUAGAAUGACCUGAUCCAUAAGAGUCUUAUAUUAUAAAAGAUUGUGUACAGCAACAAUAAAGUCAUCACUUGGGCCAUCAGCCCAGGGGACCCUCCUGUUCCCAAACUUUCUCUUCUCUCUUUUUUCUUGCAUUCCCCUACCCUCAGGACCCUGACCUUGGUGUUUGUCAUGCCAGUCGUGACAAGUGGCGCCCAAACAGGGACCUGAGACAACAAGGAGGAAAGCGAAAGCGGACCGCGCGGCGUCUAAUUCAGGAAGGGGAACUGUGCCAGCAGCACAGACGACGGGAGUAAAACUAUGGGACAGAAACAGUCUAUGGAACAGGGAUAUUUUAUAACUGCCUUGCAGACUCUUAUGAAGGAGAAGGGAAUUAAGGUUUCUCAGUCAGCCCUUAGGGAAUUUUUUGACAUAGUGCAUGAUUAUUGCCCAUGGUUUCCAGACGGGGGUAAAGUUGAUUUAAAGGAUUGGCAGCGAGUUGGUCAGGAACUUAAAAAUCAAAUGAAGAUUCAUGGAGCUGCAGUUCCAGAGACUUUGUGGUCUACUUGGACCUGUAUUAAGGAGGUCCUUGAUCCGCAGGAUUCUAUUGAAAUAGUUUCUCUUAGCUCGGAAGCAGCCCAACCCUUAGUGACUUCAGAUGCUCCUCUCCCUCCAGAAACUACUUUCAAUGCCCUUUCAGGACAGUCACGGGUGCCUUCACCUUUACCUCCUCUCCCCCUCCUAGAACAGUUAUCUAUGCAAGAUCCAGAAAAUAAUGAUGACUCUCCUUUUGGGGAUCAGGGGGAUGAUGGGCCGUAUUUGGAAGACCAGAGGACGCCUGCCUUCUUGGCCCCUCUGGUCCAGAAGGUACCUUUAAAACGACCUUCUUUUCAGGCACAAGAUAGAGGCUUACCUCGGCUGGCUUUCCCUAUUACUCAGAAUCAACAGUCCACUGAACCUUACCCCGUUAUGGGAGCUACUCCUUUGCAGCAGACUCUGUAUCAAGCAACACAGUAUGGGGAAGACACCUCUGCUUUUCACGCUUACCCUGUUAUUCAGCAGGGGGACAGAGAGUGUACUCUGCCCUAAGUUUUAAAUUGCUGAAAGAUUUGAAAUCCUCUACAGCCCAGUAUGGUCCAACAGCAACCUUUACCCUGCCUAUGCUUGAUAAUUUGAGCAGGGAGGCAUUGUGCCCAGGAGAUUGGAAGGCCAUUGCUCAGGCUUGUUUGAGUGUGGAAGAUAACCUCUUGUGGAAAGCAGAAUUUGCAGAGAAUGCUGAAAAACAGGCUAUGUAUAAUAAAAGAACUAACAUACCAGUGGAUUUCAACAUGCUCACAGGUACAGGACAAUAUUAUGAUGUGGGCCUCCAGCUGAAUUAUCCUGAAAUUGCGUAUAAUCAAAUUAAUACCUGUGCCAUUACAGCUUGGAAAAAACUCCCCUCCACAGGGGGAAGAACUGAGGAAUUGUCUAAAAUUAGCCAAGGGCCAGAUGAGAAGUACCAGGAUUUCGUUGGGCGCCUUUUGACUGCAGUCAGUCGUAUCGUUACUGAUGGGGAGGCAGGAUGAGGAAGCGCCACGCUGGGUCCUGCUUCAGCUCCUCAGAGAUAUUACGGUUGCGCCGAAAAAUGGCCAAAUUGACAGUGACGGAGCCCCCCCAGAAGCGACAACGGCGGAGUCAUAAGGCGGGUACACCCACCUGGGGACAGAUAAAGAACCUGCUGACCCAGGCCACUGAUGUAGUGAUGGCCUCAGGUAGAGAGGUAACGGCCACACAUGUCUUCUUGGCAUGCCUGUGCAUUUUCACUACAACUGGGGAGUCUGCCCUCUAUUGGGCAUACAUGGUAGGUCCUCCUACAGUACAACCUGUAACAUGGAGAGACCUCACACCCAAAGUAUACACCAAUCUCACCUUUAUGGGAGGGGAAGGUGCAGGGUUUUUGCCCACUAUGUCUGCCUCUAUAAAUUGGACGGCACUCUCUGCAGGAGUACCCAUCUGCCUGCAAAGGGAGUCUACGCCGUACAAACUUGCUAAUGGGUGUUUGGGUACAAAACCAGUAGGGCGGUCUAUUACUUAUACUAUGUGGCAAAAUGGCAAGCGUCCUUCUGAAUGGGUACCCUGCUCUGUUGCUACUUAUUGGCAAAAGAGAGAAUUAUUAGGAGAAUGGAUGUUUUUUGGACCACAUGAUCCCCCUCAGAAUCUUCCUGUAUGUCCCUCAGCUAGUCAAGGCUUUACUGGGGACUCACCUUGGGGUAUAUGUGCCCAAUCUUCUUCAUUGAGGAUGACUCCUAAAGACAUAAACUAUACCAUUACAGAUUAUUCCCGACAGGCCUGGCUAGCUCAGUUGGUAGAGCAUGGGACUCCUAAUCCCAGGGUCGUGGGUCCACCUCCUAGCGAGGUACAGGUACACCAUAAGAUUAUUCCCACAAACCAUUUUGCAAUCCCCUGAAGGAAGAAUUCAUUCUGAUCUUUGGAAGUUAUAUGCUACCUUUGGUAAAAUAUAUAAUAAUGACA